CCAUGGAGACGGAGAGCUGUUUGCCUUUCUCCGCCCAGAGCGGCGGGAGGACACCGGCCAACUCUCCGGGACUCGAGCGCGGCGGAGGCAGUGGUUCCGGCUCCGGCUCCUUUCUGCCCUGCGACGAGCUGCAGAAACCCUCCCAUCAUCCCGCUCCCCAUCCUGCUGUGGCGUCGCUUCCUCACCGUCUCGGCCUGCGCGGGGACCUGUACGCAGCCGCCUCCAUGGGCAGAUUUGGAGACGCUGCGGACUUUACGCACAGCUCUGCGGCCGCGUCUCCUCCCAAACACGGCAAGUUUCUGGACAGUUUGAGCCCGGACCACAAAGCGAUGAUAAGCGACAAAGCGGCGUUUUAUGAAAGCGGCUCAGACGUCAGGGAGAAAGGCGCUCUGAAAGCCGUGGUCUAUCCUGGGAUCGGCCCAGACUGCUGCGGCAAGCUGAAGGAGCAGAGCGGCGGCCUGCAGGGCGACUCCAUCGCCGACUCCAUAGACUUAUCGGGGAAAAGCAAGAAGCGGCGCAACCGGACCACCUUCAGCACCUUUCAGCUGGAGGAGCUGGAGAAAGUGUUUCAGAAGACACACUACCCCGAUGUGUACGCCCGAGAGCAGCUGGCUCUGAGGACGGAGCUCACCGAGGCCAGGGUCCAGGUGUGGUUCCAAAACCGUCGAGCCAAAUGGAGGAAACGGGAACGCUAUGGGAAAAUCCAGGAUGUCCGGAACCACUUUGCUGCUUCUUACGAUAUUUCUCUUCUCCCUCGUCACGAUGCUUAUCAGAUGCAGGGCAACCUGUGGCCAGGCACUGCUUCAGCUGCAGGGGGCAGUUCAGGUGCGGCCUGCGUCCUGGGAGCCGACUCCAUUCCAUCGUCCUGCAUGAGUCCGUAUCCUCACCCCCACAGCAACUUGCAGGGCUUCAUGAGCAUGCCUGCCUCCCCCAGCCACCCGCACCACCACCACCCGCCUCACCACCACGGCAUCAACGGCCUCUACUCCCUUCAUAGCUUCCCGGGAGGCCUCGGUCCGCCCGCCAUCGAGGGGCCGGAGGGUGACUACAAACCAACGGGUUUGGUGGCGCUGCGAAUGAAAGCCAAAGAGCCGGGCAGUAUCAUCUCCUGGCCCACAUGACCACCAGUGAUCCCCUUAACACACUGACUGAGCCAAAGCACACACAGCCGCAGAAACACACACCGCCCGCAUGUUUCGCUCCUGCCGUUUUUACAGAACACCAUUGGAAAAGUGAUGGAGAUUUGGAAACAUCGAUGCCUGCUUUGUCACCAGUUCCAGUUUGUUGUUGCAGGGAUGGGAUAAAAGAAGAAGAAGAAGUUAUUUAAGCAUGUAAAAAACUGUAAGUAUCAUAUUAAUCUGUGAU